AUGUCUCAGAACAAUUCCUCGACGCCAUUUGAGGAGGGAAAAAAUGAAUUUAACACAAAAUUAUUAAAUCUAAUUGAUUCUCAACCUCCACAGUUGGCAAAGUUUGCUCCAGAAAAAUACCGAUUCGAUGAAUUGGGCGUUGAACUCUUUUCUGAUUCAGAUCGAUUGUCAUACACGUCGUUAAGUCGUUCAUCGUCAUUGAUACAAUUUGAGUCUCUUGAACGUCAAUUGCAAAACGAUUCACAAAUCUCGGGAUCAUCACCGUCAUUAUACUCCUACGAAGGCUCUGCGGCUUCAUCAAGUGCCCCUGCUACUCUCACCUGUCAAGAGAUUAAUGAAAAAUCAUCACCCAUUGCUAUAAACUCGUUGCCUACAAUCAAAAUCACAACCCCCCCACCAGGUGUUGUAACAUCAACAAUACAAUAUAACAAUUCAGAUUCAGAGCCAUUUUCAAGCAGCAGUACAAGUGGAAGCUACUCUAGUGACGAUAGUGAAAUUCAUCACAGCGAGAAGACGAAAUCAAACGAAAUUGUUAACGAUUCUUCCCUGUCGUCAAACGCGUCAUCUGAAGAGAAGGCAAACAGCAACACCAACACAUCGAUGAUCAAAUCAACCGAAAAUAGAAAGAAAUAUUUGAAUAGUUUUCGAGCCAAAAAUUCGGUAGACAGUUUGAGUGAGGAUUCAGGAUAUUGUGAUCGUGAUAUUCGUUCAUUGCCAGUUGGUGCUCUUUCCCUUGAUUCAUCUCUGCCAACAGGAAAUGAUUUAGAAGAUGAAGAUGGAAGUGUCAUUGAAGAGAAAAGUAUUCUAAGAGACACAAAUCCAAUGCGUCACUUUUCGCUAUCGCCAAGAAUUCGAACUCACUCCGACGACGACGAUAUUUGUUAUCACAGUAUGGAAAAUCUUAAUAGAAAAUUUAAAUCAAGAAAAAUUGAUUUACUGAGCGAGAUUAACAUAGAAUCCGUGAGUACACGCAAGACUCUUCCAAAUACCAACCGUCAAGAGACAACAAAAACAACGAAAUCUUUAAAAAUAGAAUCACCGAACGAGCACAUCUCAAACGAACACAAGCCGAUGGUUAAAAAUAUUUCCGAGGAGAUUUCACAUCAAGCACAAAGCGAGAAACUCAUUUCCAUCAGUUUACCGGAGCUCUCAGCGAGCGGUGACAUUUCCAGAAAGAUUCGUUCGAAACGUAAAAGAAAUUAUCGUGAAUCGUUCGAUGAGUUUCGUGAUCAAUUUUCGUCGAUAUCGAGUGUACCCGAUUUCGUGAAUUUAACUUUGGAUCGUGCGGAUUUCAGUGACUUUUCUCCCUCCUGGACGGAUACUUGUGACACAGUUGCAAGCAAGAAUUUUAAUUUAUACGAUUUUAACUUCGGUGCAUGUUCAUCGUCACAGAAACAACAAAAACUGGUCGAUAUUUCUGCGAGUUGUGCAAAUCUCACGCUUUUAAAUUACUCUGACGAUAGUGAAUUUUGUUAUGAUACUCGAAAGUUAGUGUCAGUAAAUCGAUCGAAAUCCCAGACGAUGAGUAGUGGAAAAGUGCCAAUGAAUAUGUACUCAAACUCAAGUGAUGACGAUGAUGAUGCUUACAUUGCAUCGUUUCGUAGUAAAGAGUUAAGUUCAUUGUUGGAAGAAAUUUCUGCACAUUUUGAUAAAAAUUUGUCGAUUUUAAAUGACCGUGAAGCUUCCUAUGAGCCGAAAGUUGAUGUUGUUCAAGAGGAAGAAAAAAUUAAAACUGUGCAAACGAUGAAAAUGCCUCCUCCAAAGCCACCUCCGCGUAGAACACAAAUCAAAACAAGUCCGAAUCAUUCGGCACCGAAAAACUCUUCUUUUGAUCGGGAUCCUACAAACUUGGUGACGUCUUAUGCACAAAGUCUCGAAAAGUGUAAUUUUAAUGUUGAUGAGCCGAUAAAUGUUUACAGUUCGCGACAAAAUCUUUACCUGAUACCCGACGAGCCGGUAGCAAGCAUUAAUGUUGACCUGCAUCAAUCAACGCCCAUAAAAAAAAGAAAUUUCGUAUCAAGCACCCCAAAUUUAAAUUAUUUUGAUUCUAACAUGAAGCAUGUUAAUCAUUAUAGUUCGACUGAUAAUACAGCUACAGCAGAACAAGAUUAUUUAAGUCCGUCAUAUGUUAAUGACGAUGACAAUCGUUGUAAUUCAAUGAAAGAAAUUCCAACAAAUGGUGGCGGUUCAACAGGGAUUCUUGCUGCACAUUCAACGGCUGGUUCUAAGAGUGGACUUUCUGUAAGUUUCUGUCCUAUUGUAAGUGAAAUAAGCUGGCAGGAAACUGCAGAAGACGAAGAUUUUACUGAUGAUAAUGAUGAAAACAUUGAAAGCAUUCAAUCAGAAGCGAUCAUCAAUCAUGAAACAUUCACACAACUAAACAAAGCAACAUUGGAAACAAUCAACAAAAAAGAUUCAACACAAGAAAAUUUCAUAUCGACUAACAGUCAGAAAAAUAUGCUUGUCGAGCAAACACCUAGCGAGAAAUUUAUUGCCAACGAGGCAUCAGCUGGUACAAUGGAGAAGAGUGUUAGCAGUCAAAUGUUAACAACAGUACCACAAAAAGUGUCAAGUGAUCCUCCAAUGCCGCCACCAAAAAGUGCCAAGAAUAAAAAAUCUAUUUUCUCGCGAUUGUCUUCCGGUUUUCGAUUCUCUUUCCGUGGUAAAAAGAAUAAAAAGCUUGGUAAUGAUGGGGUUGUUCAUUACCCCGUCGAAGCAAAUAAUAACAGUGGAAAUAAUAAAAAUAAACGUGACAAGUCACAGAAAAUUUCAAAUGCUAUCGACAAUGAAUUUGUUUUCAUCCCGUUAAAAGAUCCAAACGAUAAUUUGAAAAUUUUCGAUUCACAUGUUGAUAACAGACAAUUAUCGGAAGUAUCACAAAAGUUGCAGCAACGCGAGUCUGAGAAUCAGCAACAGCAACUCUCAGUUGAUCGUAAAUCGCGAACAAUGCCACGUGAAUCUCCACCGAAGAGUAAUCAAGUUACGGGUAAACCACCCCUUCCCAAACUUCCACCUCGUAUUGUCGGAACCACAACAAAACGCCCUUCUACGCAUGCACCAAGAGCAUCGUCUACACCACGCGAAACAGAAGUCGAUGGUGGUGAGUUUUACAAUCAGAACAUGUUAGGUGAUGGGCUGAAGCAGUAUUACUCGAGUGGUUCACGUACAUUAGGCGCGAUGGGAAGUGAACACAAAAUCGGAUUAAUCGAGACAAAUCUCGAUACUGAUGAAACAAUUAUCAAUGGCAAAACACAAAGUCUCAUGGAAUUGGGCAUUGGUCAAAACGGUGGACAUACAAAUCGUAUGCAAGUAAUGCAAAAUGUGAAUAGUGGAAGUGGUAACGGUAGCAAUGUCGAAAGUGGUCGUCCACAUAAAAGUAUGGAAUUUUUAUUGGAUAAAGAAAACCAUCAGAGAGUUUUGGUGACGAAAGACGAAGUUAUUUGUGAAUCUUUAGGCACAUUAUAUGAGAGACAAUCUUAUGGCUCCCAAUGGGACAAUAAGUUUUGUCAUCUCGUUCAUUCUACAUUCAAGGAAAAGUCUCUUAACUCGAUCUAUAUGAAAAGUGAGGCAAAGAAAACUUUCUCGUGCUCUAAAUACCAUCAUUUGGUGUGUGGACUACAUUUACAACCAAAACAAAUAACCGAAUUGAAGUCUCGAACAAAUCCAAUUGAUUAUCAUGUGACAUUACCGACCGUUGUCGAAUUAACAAGUAAACAACAAUUCAAUUGGAUUAAAUUCCCUGUAUCUAGCAAAAAUCAUCAUGUGACGCAUUUUAUGGAUGAUGUUUCCAAACAAAGUAAAGAAUCCACAAUUCUGACUGCUUUCGACUGUGAGAGUCUUCAGUAUAAAGUUGCUGCUAAUAACGUUUCAGUUGAAGACAAAUGCGCUGAAAUCCCAAUUCAAUCAUUAGGAAAUUACAAUUCGACUCAAACAUAUUUUUUGAACGGCUCAACAUAUCCAUCUACUUAG